AGUUUCCACUCUCAUCCUUCAUAGUCAUGUGUAUCGUGUGUAUCGUGUGUAGCUGUGUAUAUUGAAUUUACACUGCAGGAGAUGAUAUUCUCCUGUGGAAGUGCUGUUAUUUUAAAGCUGCCAACAUGAGCACAGGCCAAAACACAAUCAUAAAUUAUGUAUCUUAAUGGAGGUGCUGAAGCUUUCUGUUACUCUGCUGAAAAUGUCUGUUUGAUGAAGAGUUUCUUAUAAUCUCAUUUGUCAAGACAGCAUUUCCACAUUUCCUUUUACUUACCUUUACUGUGCAAAUAGAAGAUCAACCCUGGUCCACUUACUGAGUCUCACUGAGUCCAUCUGUAGUUCCAUUAGGGCUCUGGUGACAUAUAUAUUAAUACUUGAUGAUGAACUUAAACAUGUGGCCUAAAUUUCCUUCCAGCUUCACUAUCAACAAUAGAGAGACCUUCUUCUCCAAUUCCACCAGAAACAGAAUAGUUCAUCAUGUCCUGCAGCGCACGAAGUACGAGGAUGGAAAAUCAAAGAUGGGUAUAAACCGAUUAUUGGGCAACAGCACAUAUGAGGCAGCAUUUCCUCCUCAUGAGGGAGGAUAUAAAAGCAGACAUCCUAUUGAGACGCAUGGUGCACAGAACCACAGACAUCUCCUGUAUGAACGCUGGGCUCGAUGGGGCAUCUGGUAUAAAUACCAGCCUCUUGACCUCAUCAGGCGAUACUUUGGGGAGAAAAUCGGCCUUUACUUUGCGUGGCUGGGUUGGUACACUGGCAUGUUGAUCCCUGCUGCCCUGGUUGGUGUGUUUGUCUUCCUGUACGGUCUCUUCACUAUGGAUUCCAGUCAAGUCAGUAAAGAGAUAUGUGAAGCCCACACGACUACCAUGUGUCCGAUGUGUGAGGAAACCUGUGAGCCGUGGACGCUGAGUGACAGCUGUGUCUAUGCAAAGGUGACCCAUCUGUUUGACAACGGUGGCACUGUGUUCUUUGCCAUCUUCAUGGCUAUUUGGGCCACAGUGUUCCUGGAGUUCUGGAAAAGGAGGAGGGCGCAGCUGACUUAUGACUGGGACCUCAUUGAUUGGGAAGAGGAAGAGGAGGAGCUGAGGCCUCAGUUUGAAGCCAAGUACUCCAGGGUGGAGAGAGUCAACCCCAUCUCUGGCCGACCAGAGCCUUUCCAGCCUUUCUCAGACAAACUGAGCCGGCUCUUGGUGUCUGUGUCCGGGAUUUUUUUCAUGAUUUCUCUCGUCCUGACUGCUGUGUUUGCUGUGGUGGUUUUUCGCCUUAUUGUGAUGGAAAAGUUUGCCUCCUUUAACUGGAAGUUUGUGAAGAAGAACUGGCAGUUUGCAACAUCUGGCACCGGUGUCUGUAUCAACUUUAUGAUCAUCAUGUCUCUCAAUGUGGUGUAUGAAAAGGUGGCCUAUCUGCUGACUAAUUUAGAGCAUCCGAGGACAGAGUCAGAGUGGGAGAACAGCUUUGCUCUGAAGAUGUUUCUGUUCCAGUUUGUUAAUUUAAACAGCUCCACAUUUUACAUCGCCUUUUUUCUCGGAAGGUUUGCUGGCAGGCCUGGAAAAUACAAUAAACUGUUUAAUCGAUGGAGACUGGAGGAGUGUCACCCGAGCGGCUGUUUGAUUGAUCUGUGCCUGCAAAUGGGAGUCAUCAUGUUCUUCAAACAAAUAUGGAACAACUUCAUGGAACUCGGCUAUCCUUUGCUGCAGAACUGGUGGUCUCGGAGGAAGAUAAAGAAAGGAGGUGGAGGAGGGCAGAAUGUAGAGAACAAAACCCAGCUUCCUCAGUGGGACAAAGACUGGAAUCUGCAGCCAAUGAAUGCCCACGGAUUAGUGGAUGAGUAUCUUGAAAUGGUCCUCCAGUUUGGUUUCACCACCAUCUUCGUAGCAGCGUUCCCUCUGGCUCCUCUCCUCGCUCUUCUCAACAACAUCAUUGAGAUCCGUCUUGAUGCCUACAAGUUUGUCACUCAGUGGAGGAGACCCAUGCCUGCCCGCGCUACUGACAUUGGAAUCUGGCAUGGGAUUCUGGAAGGUAUAGGCGUUCUGGCAGUCAUCACCAACGCCUUUGUCAUCGCCAUCACCUCUGACUACAUCCCUCGCUUCGUUUACGCCUUCAAAUAUGGCCCGUGUGUGGACAAUGGACCCCAUCAUCGGGAUGAGUGUUUGCAAGGCUACGUGAACAGCAGCCUGUCUGUGUUUGAGAUGGACGAGAUAAUGAACAGCAGCCAGUCCAGAUACUGCAGGUACAGAGACUACAGAGCGCCGCCCUGGAACGCGGUACCGUAUGAGUUCACCCUGCAGUUCUGGCACGUCCUGGCUGCCAGGCUUGCCUUCAUUAUCGUCUUUGAGCACCUGGUGUUUGGGAUCAAGUCCUUCAUAGCAUACCUCAUCCCAGACAUUCCUAAGGGCCUGUGUGAUCGCAUGAGGAGGGAAAAGUAUCUGAUGCAGGAGAUGAUGUAUGAAGCAGAACUAGAGCAUCUACAGAAGGAGAGGAAAAAGAACGGACGACGUUAUCACCAUGAGUGGCCUUAGUUCUACCGUACGUCUUCACCACAUGUGUCCAAACUCACAGGCGCGGCCUCCACUGCCUGCUCUCUGUAUGUCUUUAAGCUUUGAGAGUCAAGCUCCACUCGGCUGAUUCUGUACACCAAAGACAAACCUUCCCAGUGACCAGAUCCACCCAGAAGCCUGUUUGGCUCCGUCUCAAGCCCCAACCCUGACCACUUCCUCUUCAUCUGUUCCGCAUCCAAUUUUGGCUCUUUUCUGUGUCUUGGCUCGGUCCUUCUCUGCCCCGCCCUGAUCUGUCACCUGGCAGCGUCCAGUGGGCGGCCCUCGACUCUCUGCCGCGUAAUGGCUUUAUUGGGAAAAUCUCGGCAAAUGCAAUGUUUACUAUGCAGAUCAAGGGCUGCAUAACUCCACUCUCCCCCUGAUACUUCUUCUCUCCAUGGCAGCUAUCCUUCUGCUCUGGUGCAGUCUGGUGCAGCCCACAGAUUGGCCCUGUGUUUCUACCACCAAUGACAGCGGAGCCACUGGUUGGGAAACAGAGCUGCUGUGGCACUUAAGGUUUCCCUGUCGCAAAAGUGGUUCUAGUAUUGUGGCUACCCAAAAAGAAAAAAAAAAGACAGAUUUUUCAAAGCAGCUGUAUCUUGCCCUUGAAGCAUGCAGUUAAAAAUCUGCUACCAUUUUAUAAACUGCAAAGCCAAAAUCAACAGGAAAAAAAGCACUGAUUGUUGUUUAGAAUAUUUACGUUUAGUCAAUUCAUGUGCAGUUCUGUGUGAAACGCCACAUGGACUCAUUGUUCCGUGUGUUUUCGGAUCGCUGUCCUAACGCCUGGUUCACGUUCUCAUUGUAUGUGUGUGUGUGUGUGUGCGCGUAUGUGUGCGUAGGUGUGUGUGUGUGCUAAUCUCAGUGUUGAGUUGAGUCAAUGUGAACUGGACUUGAUUGUGCCUACAGUUGUGCGCACCACAAUUGUGUCACCAUAAUCACGUGUGCCUGUUCGUGCUGCACAUGCUUUUUUUAAUUGCAAGAAUUACCGUUUUCUCUCUCGCUCGCUCUCUCUCUCUCUCCAAAUCUGCUCUUCCGCUCUGUGCUCAAAGCAUGUUUUUCAUUUGCUGCUGGAAACAUUCAGCGUGGUUGAAUUUUGGAUCACGCUAACAUACCUGUGGCUUGGAUUUUUGGUUGACUAAAAAAGCAUCUAUCCACUGUUCCUCGCUCGAACAUUCUUCACUGUUGGGAUAUCACUCAGCAGAUGUGGUUUUUAGUUCAUUUUCAAACAUUUUAAUACAAUGAAUGUGAUCCACUACCUUCAGUCACUGUCUUGUAAAAUUCUCAGGAAAUGAGGCAGCGUGAGCCACGCAUCCUUCUGAGGCUGAAUCAUAUUCAUUUCCUGCUUCGUUUAUUUCACCAUGAGAAGUCAAAAGAGACAUCAGGAAAAUCCAAGUGAGGUUUAGAGGUUGAUGGAAACUCUCUAAACUCACAUUUCUCAUUAGAAUAAUUCUGUGGGUUUAGUUACAGUUUUCAUUCCCUGAAAAGUUUGUACAGUUUCGUAAAGUACUAAGUCAUCCAUCACUGGGUAUUUACAGAGCCAAGGACGUAGAAAGAAUUGAUUGUGUUUUCACCAAACAACUGGACUCUUUUUAUUGAUUUGUUGAUGGAAUUCACAAAUUAGAAAUGGAUGUCUCAUAACAUUUUUUAAAAGAAGUGGGCCAUGGUCUGUGUACUAGGCCUAUUUGGUGUACUGGCCUGCCUGCACUCCAGAUUUGUCUCCUACUGAAAAUGUCUUGCUGUUGUUGUGCAGCUUGACACAGUAAGACUGGGGAAAUGAACUGAUUAACUGAUUUAUUCUCUCGGUUUCCAAAAGUUAUAAUAAAUAAAUUAACCUAGUUUAUGUGUAAAACUAGUAUAAUUUUAAUUAUAAUAAUUAUAUAUGUAAUAUAUAAUUCACUGCAUUAGUUAACUACUAAUAUAGUGAAUAUACCGAAAAUCUAUUCUACGUCUAUGUGAGAAACAUGUCUGAGGUUAUUACUGUAGUAUUUAAUAGGGAGUGUACCAACUUUUCUUUAAGGGUAAAUAAUGAGAUUUGACCUCAUUAUGGAGAGAAGUUAUUCUGUUACCAACAGAAGAAAGGGAAAACACUGUUUAAUGCACUUAACAACACUUAGAAACCUAGUUUUUAUUUUUUUUAUGAUCUUUGAAUGACCAUUGAAUUUUAAAUUAUUAUUCCCUGUAUGUACACUUCAUUGGAUUAUGUGUGAACUGUUUUUAUAUGGUUCAUUUAUUACGUCUGACUUCACCUGUUUUCGGGUGAAAAGACCAACAAUCACAUUUCUCAGGUUUCAUUCAAUGUUUGCAAUAUAUCAGUAACAUAUAUAGUUCCAUUAUAUAUUAACCCAUAUUUUGCUUUUAAAAAAAUAUAUAAACCUGUGUUUGCACCGCAGUGCACUGCAUGACUAUAAACACACUCAUUUAAAGCAUGUUUGACGUUCUUUUUGCCCAGUGAGAGCAGUUAAAUGUGGUUUCAAAUCACAAGUACAGUCGCACAUCCCCGUUUUGGAACAGUAGGCCGGAUAAUGAUUUAAUUCAUAAAUGAUAUAUUUGUCUUAUCUGUCCACACAUUUGUAAACAUCUCAUGAAGAAGAGAGGAAAAUUCCUUUGAAAAUAAUUUAGUAAAUAGUUUUAGUGCAGUUUUUUCUAAGAAUCUUAUGUGCUCUGUGAACAUUGGAAAUCUAUGCAUGUUGCUACCUUUCUGUUGAACAGAGGCAGAUGUAAAUGUGCACUUGUACUGUAGUGUAUGAUGCAUGGCCCUUACCUGCUUGGUGCAGCGCUAAUUUAUGUAAAAACUUGUGAACUAUGUCCUAAACAUAUCACCUCCCGUUCUCAAGGUCUGUCAGUUUGGAGGCUCUGGAAUUUGGAAGUUGAAGAAUUUUUUACUGAAUGUCGAGUAGUUCUUGUGCACCCCACUGGUAAAUGGGACUUGGACUGAAUUUGAAUGAGACUGGACAACAUGCAGGAUGUUUUUUUUAAUUAUUUGUUUGUUUUUUGCACAGUGGAAAUGAGACUUAGUUUUACUUUGCAGGAGCUGAGGUGCUUUCCAUGAUGGCAGGAGGUUUGCUAAUGUUGUGAACGGUAAUGUGACCUCGGAGGCUUAACUUUCACUGCUACUAAUCAUUCCUGGAUGGAUGUCUUUUCUCUAUCUUCUCUCUGGGAGCAUUAUUCAUGUGCUCAUUAAUCCAAAUGCUGCACAUUGGUGGAUAGGUGUUCCUCAGGCCUCCUGCUGUUGGCAAUAGCAUGGAUAUUGUCUAAUGAGUAAUGAUGGCAUGACCCUGCACAUCCCUGAAAACAUAUUAGUCUCAAGAGGACGAAGCGUUCGGUUCUACGCUCUCCCUCCUGAUUGGAUUGUGGGUUUGAGAGCAAGCUGCACUUGCUUUGGAAGCACAACAUCAUGUUAGGAUUCACGUGUACCAUAGGACAGCAGUAAGGGGUGGGAGGCAUGAGGUGUAUCAGCAACAUUGUUUACUUUGUUCCUGUUUACAUGUAAAAUGAAAUGUAUAAACAAAAAAAAUAUAAUAAAAUAAUUUGGAUAUCA